AUGUUUCGUCUAAACACCAUCUUCGCAUUGUUUGCCGUCGCGUUGUUCUCAGCAAUCAACCUUGCCGAGGCCUCAUCCCAUGCCAUUGUCUUGCCGCCUCUUGGUGCUGACCCUUGUACUUGGGGACCUCCUUCGCCAACUCACAUCAAAGCCCUCACACCAAUAAAAGUUCCAUCAAUUAUGGAUGGUCCGAGUCAACUUGGUCACACUUUCACGCUCCUCCCCCGAAUUCAGGAUAGCCAUCUAGCUGUGAAAGGGGACAAAACAUCCAGGUCUGUCCAGGUUGCUUCCGUCUUUGAAGACUGUAAUCAGACGAUGAAGCCCCGGAGGCAUAGUCUUGAUUGUAACCGUGAGGCUAUGCCAUCUCGGCAAUAUGCAAGUUCCGUCGUUGGCUCGUCGCACCUCCGACCUCCGUCCGUCCUACAAAUCAAUGUGACGGGAAGCAAUAAUGGGCAAUUAUCAUGGACCAAGAUCAUCACCCUUUUGAGAUACAUGAGACUCACACCAUUGACCUCAUUGGAUAGACACUGCGAUCCCUGCCUGUGCUAA